AUGAGUUGCUUUCCCUCCCCCCCCAAACAACUGGAGAACCCCAACUCUGGCGACAAUGGCCACCACGACGCCUCCGGCACCAAUGUCGAUCCGCCGCAUCAUCAGCUGUUGCAGCCCUUCCGCGAGUACGCUUUUGCGGAGCUAAGGGAAGCGACACAUGGAUUCGCUCGCCGAUACAUGAUAAAAAAAGGAGGCAGUGAACUACCGAACCUCACCUUCAGGGGCCGCCUUGAAGGCGGCCAACAGAUCGUCGUCAAGAGGAUCUCCAAGUACGCCUGGCCUGAUGAAGAGCAGUUCAUGGAGGCGGCGAUUAAAGCGGGAGGGUUGAGACACAGGCGGCUUGCGAGAUUGAUUGGAUACUGCUGCCAGGGGGAUGCGCGGAUUCUUGUGGCGGAGUUCAUGCCCAAUGGUACGCUCGCCAAGCGUCUUUUCAACGGUACUAAAAAUAAGACCAUGGAGUGGUCUUUGCGCUUGAGAGUCGCAUGCUAUAUAGCUGAAGCCUUGGAAUAUUGCUUCGAUGAACAAGCUCUAUAUUUUGAUCUGAAUUUAAAUAAAGUUCUCUUUGAUAAGGUUGAUAAUCCCUGUCUUUCUUCAUUCGGUCUUGUGAAAAAUCACAGGAAUGGUAAAUAUUACAGCACUAAUAUUGCUUACACCCCUCCAGAGUGUCUAAUGGGAGUGAUGAAUUAUAAAAGUAUGACAUUUAGCUUUGGCAUUUUGCUACGAGAUCUACUGAGUGGAAACAAAAUUUCUCAAAGCCAGGCAAUAGACGUGCUGUUGGGUAAAAAAUUCCCUAUUGUUCUCGAUCCUCGUUUGAAUGGUGAAUAUUCCGCUGAAGAGGCAACUGCUUUGGUGGACGUUGCUGAAGAAUGUAUGCAAUAUAGGCCUAAUGACCGAUUCAAUAUAUAUGAACUUAUUGUAGCCCUUGCACAAGUUCAAAACAAUGCUGCGGGACCAUCUAAUGGAAUGCCAAGGACUGAGGGGCAAGAUAAAAUUCACAGUGCUUUGAUCAACUCAGACGCAAGGUAAAUUCACACUUUCUCGGAGCAAUCCACAUCGAGAUACCAGACGAGGCAUGCACUUGACCGUUCUCCGCAAGUUUUUCCACAUUUCCCAAAAAGUCAAAAAUGGAGUGAACUUUUAAUUUGCAUCAGAAACACCUAUUACUACAUUGAUUUGUUGCUGUACAUAGAUAAGUUUGAAUAUUCUUUGUUGGUGCAUAUA